CAAAAGACACCGUGCACUGACAAUGUGGAAAAUCAAUUAGCAGAAAUGAACCAUAAUAUACCAGUGUACCCUUACCAGAUAGGGGAUGGAUAUACUAAGUAUUACACUCAGCCAAAUUUGCCAUAUGUCCCAUAUAAUUCAGGAGUGCCAGUGGGAAUAAAUCCUUACCAAGAAGAAAACAAGCUCCCAGCCUACCAUGCUCAGUCAUACACUCGAAUGCCAGGUUCCUUGUCUGUUAAUGCAGGGUCCAGACCUCCCCAGAAUGUGGCUGCACCAACAGUGGGUCCUAGAUAUCCAGAAGCUUCGACUGUAUAUCCUCGAUUUUCAGUUCCUAAUGUAACAGGACAAUCCUUAAUUCAGUCAGUGGACCUUCCUCCAUCACCCAGAGCUAAAACAUACUUACCCGGAACCUCUAAAUCUUUACCUAUCAACCCUGUGAUGCUUGUGAAUUCACCAGACAUGUCAGGAGAUUACCCUAAACCUACAACAACACCACCUGGAUCUUACAGAUCUUUACUAGCAACAGCUUCUACCCUGGGGACUGGACCUAUAAAAUCUCCACCCCAAGAGACAUUAAAACCUCUAGCAAACCAAACAAGUUUUCCUACAUUGAGUGGAUCUUUUGUAUAUCAAGCUAUAAGAACACCUUCACCACCACAAUCAGCCGAGGACAAAUUCAAAGCUAAAGCAUCCCAGUAUGGAAUUGAGAUCAGCAGUACAGUGGAACAGUUUCUGAAAACCCAAGAAAAGGACCAGAAAAUGAGGAUGAUGACAAGUGUUACUAAAUCAGAUGGUGGUCCAAACCUUAGUCAAAAUAAGCAUGACCUAGACAUGCUCAGUAGUUUCCAAGAAAAAGGGCUCACAAAUGGAAUUAUCAUACAGAAUUCUGAAGAGAUACGUCAGACUGACUGCAGAGGGAUUGAAGAAAAUAUAGACACACUAAUUAGUGGUGAAUGCAAUGCAGGAAACGAGUUACUUGGUGAUGAGGAAAGAGAUUCUUCUUGGAACUUAAAGAGGAAUGAUUCUGUACUAUCAUCUAUGUCUACAAACAGUGAGAAUUUAGAUUCUGAAGAAGACAGUUUAAAAGGAAGUUUAGAAAGUCAGAAAGAUAAUGCUUCAUGUGAAAACUUUGAAAAGAAAGUUGAAAAGCAUCAACAAGAUCUACAUAGGGAGUCCACUUAUGUUAAAGGAGAUAAAAGUGAAAGUAUUGAUGAUAUAGCUAAAAGACUUGUAAAUGAUGCCAUUGUUACGGCAGUAAAUGAACUGAAAAAGGAAGUGGAAGGGAAGGAAACUGGAGAGAGUAAAAAGAAGUUGUACUCUUGGCAGGCCAGAUAUGGGAGUGAUAAACAGACAAAUAGACAAAGUGUUGACACCAAUAAAUCAACCAAGCUGUCAAGUGUUUUGAAUUCAAAACUUCUCAGAACUGUACUUGAUCCAGGAUCUCCUGAAUUUAUGCCAAAAGAGAAAACACAAUCCACCCUAAACCCUGUUUCUCCUGAGUUCACUCCAUCUGCUCGAGUUGGUGAUCCUCACAGCAUGUCUCUAGUACAUUCUGUGUCAUCUUACAAAGAACCAACAAGCUAUUCGUUUGAUCCUGCUCAUCACAUACACAAACUGAAUCAGAGUCACGGCCAUUACUCCAAGAACGCCUCAUGUCAGACCUGGGUGGAACCCGUGGUGGACGUGUCCUGUAACACUAUCAGAAUUAAAGUUAAGGACCAGAGUGUGGAAACAGGCACAUGUGAUUCAAGGGAAGUGGGCGUGAACACCACUGAGACAUUUGAACAAGAAGAUGAUGAUAUAAUCAUUAUUCCUAUGAAUGAACUUCGAACCAAGGUUUUGGAAACUCAGAGGGAAUUGUUAUUACUGAAAGGAAAGGUGUGUUUAGAUGAAAUGGAAAGACAGGUGACAAGCCUGGAGAAGAGCAAGGACACCUGGACAAACUAUUUUGAUCUAGAAGAAAUGGAUGUGGGAGAAGUGAUAGACAAACAGAUCUCUGAUCUAAAGAGAAACAUCCGGAGUCUCUAUGAGGAAAUAGAAACUGUACAAGAGAAGCUAGAUUCAGGUGAAAUUCUGUCAGAAGUGCCUUGCUUUGAAGUCAAUUUUCCAGUUCAGCCUAGCCGGAUGGUUAAUAAAAAGAAACUAAAAAGUCUUCCAAGUGCAGAUCAAUACAUGAACUCUCUCUCUACUGCAAGGAAAACAACUGUUGUCAAUACAAGCUGGUCUAGAAAUAUUCUGGAGGAGGUCAGAGGUCAUCCGGAGGAAGAGGAAAUAACAAUAAGUCCUGAUAAUUCAUUAAGUGAAAGUCAAAUCACAAAGAAAAAAUCCAAAGGCAAAUCUAAGCAGAAGAAAAGCAAGUCUGGAGGAAAGGUUCAUGUGCAGGAAAAAUCUUCAGAUGUCAAGGUCAAAAGGGAAGGGGACAAACCAGAAAUAGAAGAUCAAGUGGAACAUCAGGAGAAAUUAGACAGUGUAGAUGAUGCUUUCAUUAGGGUCACAGGGGAUCAAGGGCAUUUGUCUUCAAAUGAGCAAGUGGUGCAGUAUUUGCAACAAGAAUGGGAAAGGUCUGUGCCCCAAGGACUUGAAAAAUAUGGUGAUUAUGCAACCCCAGCCAGGACCAGCUUGGAACAUUCUGAAAUAAAGAAUUCUAAGCAAAUGCAUUUUGAAAGUGGUGAAAGAGACUAUGAACUUGAACCUUCAAGUUUGGAUUCCAUAAGUGUUUGUAGUGGGAAAAUGAAAUCCAUUUCUUUACCUACUAAUACAGAGGAAGAGAUUAUACAGCAAUCUAGUCAUGCUUUACAGAUGGAGAACAUACAGACAUCACAAAGUUUUCAAGAUCAAGUUGAAUUAUAUGAAGAUAAAGGUGGCAGUGUUGAAGGGAACAUUACUUCUCAGGAUGGAUCAGCUGACCUUGGUAAAAUUUCUUGCACUGAAACAAAAGCUGAUAAUGGACAUGAUUUGAAAAUUUCAGUUCAAUUGGAAAAUCAAAAAAAUGACCAAAGCAACAUUAAUGCCCAGCCAUUGUCUGAAAAUCAAAGUGUACAGAACUUGGUAGUCCAAGAGAAGACAUCCUUAGCAUGUUCAGAGUUGAAUUCUAAGGCAGUUAAUGCUGAUGUCUUGCAUCAAAAUAUGCUAAAACAGGGUGUAACUGUUGACCCAAUUCUAUUUGAGGCAGUGAAAGCACAGAUUGCUCAGGUGUAUCCAGAUUUUGCUAAAGAUCCAGCAAUGCUGAAUUCCAUUAGCCUUCAGCAGACCAUGGUGUUACAAGCCUGUAUGCUAUCAGGUGGAAAUGUGGGGACUGCAGGGAUGCUUCCAAAUAUGAACUCUGAACAUACAACAUCUGAACAGGAAAAGAGAAGCUCUGCUGAAAGCCUUCCUAGGGAUGAACUUAAAGAUACCACCAGCUGUGUUCAGUCAUCAAAGUCAUUAUCAUCAACAGAUGAAGCUGCAGGAAUCUCUGUGCCAUCUAUAGCAAGUGGUGCCAUUCCAAAACGCUCAAGUUCCUACAAAAAUUUGGGAAUUGCUGCACGUCAGUUGCCUUCGAGGUCAGGAUUAUCUGCAGGACUAUUUAAAUCACCCCUGAAAAAUGAAUUUGAUAUGCCAUUUGAGGUUAAUCCAGGGAUUGCACCCCCACCAGAUCUUGUUGCUGAAUCAAAUGCCAACAUUUUGUCAAAAUCCUCAAAUUUAUCUUUUGAAAACACUAACAGAAACUCCAGCAGUUUACCUAAUAUUCAGACAACUGUAGAAACUUCAGGAACUAAACCUUAUGUAGAUCAACACCUUUCAACAGAGAACCCUCAGAUUGCAUGUCCACCUCCACUAAAUUUAACACCAUUCACCUCAGAUAUCAAGGGCCACAAACCCUACCAUACUAACUCUACUGUGUCUAGUUCAAGUGUUGUCUGUGCCAAACCGGAGGAUACUUGUCUCAGUGUGAAGGAACUUUAUUUUCAAGACACAGAGGGGCAGCUUCAAAAGCAUGUCAACCAAAAUCAAGAACUGAAUAAAUCAAAGGGGCUAGAGGCAAAGUUUAGCAAUUUGGACCGUACAUCAAGUAUAAAUCAUGAUAAGUUUACAAAUUAUGAAGAAAGUUUGUCCACACUGAGGAAUUGUGCAGUAAAACCAGUAAUAAAAGAGGAUUCCAAACUUGAAACUCUGAACUUAGAUGAGAUUGAAGAUGAUGACAUGGAAGAAGAGGAAAGGCAGUUUGAAAUGAAGUCCAAGUCCUCUCAAGAUGUAUAUAAUCAGUGGCAGAAGCCAUUGAUUAAGAAGACAGAAGAGCUACCUCCCCCACUAGAGGUCAACCAGGAGCACCAUGUGAUGCAGAAACUGGGCAGUGUAGUGAGUACAAAGAGAAGACCAAUGGAGAAAGGGUCAUUGAGAGAAUGGAUGAAAACAGACAAGCCUGUGGAGGUUGGUAAAGAUGCUGACCAGUUAGACCAGAUCUCCUGUACUUCUGACAUUCCAACAUCUGAAGGGGCUCAGAGAGGAUCAGGAAGACAAACACCAUCCAAUGAAAUGACUGAUGAAGAGAAAGAAAACUGGACUGAGGUCACCAAAAAAGGAAAGAAGAAAGAACUGACCCAGCUUCCCCUACCCCCACCUCUUCCACCACAGAAGAAUUUAUCCCAGAAAGCGUCAACUGCAAGCGAAAAGGCUAACAAUUUUGAAAAACUUGUUCAGCGACUUUCAGAAAUCUUUGCAGGACUUAAUAGAGAAGAAGUGAUAAGUGUGAUAACAUCGGUCAGGAAGCAGAGAGGGGGACUCAGUGGAUUAUCAGUCAAGGACAUUGUAGCCCACGCCCGAGUGUUUGCCACACAGAUCAUGAAAAAUAAGAACAAAGUGGUAACCCAGUCCUACCCUGACUUCUCCAUGCCAUUUCAGAAGACACAAGUGAAAUCUCCACCAAAGGAUGAUGAGGACAUAUGUGUGAUCUGUCAUGAUGGCCUGAGUUCUGAAGAAGUCAAGAAUUUGGAAUGCGGACAUAUUUUCCAUGCAGGGUGUAUCAAACAAUGGGUUUAUGGCAGAGAAAUGACCUGUCCCACAUGUAGAAGACUAGUGUUGUUUCCUGAAGAAUUUCCCAAACUUGGAAAAUAAUCUUUUCAACCAGUCCUAUAGUGAUUAUAUAAAACAGUUGUUUUUAGACUUUAUGACUGUAGCCAAAAUAUGAUGUCUUACAAAUUCCAUCAAACAGAUUCUAUGUAAAAAAAAGCUUCAGUAGUGGACAUUAUAGUUCUUUGUGAAAAUUUCAUAAGAUUCAUUAAAUGAAUGUUAAUCUUUAAA